AUGGAGUCUGUUAGCAAAGAGGAAACACUAGAGAAACUGGAUCAAGAGAUCACUGUAAAUUUGCAGAAGAUAGACUCUAAUUUGAGUUUCUGUUUCCACAAGAUUACCCAGGAUAUCAUCUCGCACGUGGCGAAAUACUCAGAAGUAUGUGAGCGGAUCAUGGACAGCACUGAAUGGCUGGGAACAAUGUUCCAAGAGACUGGACUGGUGAAUUUGCAGGCCAAUACGGCCGUGCCGAAGAAGAUUAACUCACCGGAGGGGAAGAUUGACGAUCAUGCAGACAUAUUCCCCACAUCCGCAGGGAACUCCAGUGGAGAGUUUCAAGACCACAGCGGCCCUAAAGAGCUGGGUUCAGUCGUGGACGUUAACCGAAAUACACAUUCUAUGUUCACCAAUGACAACACAGAUGAUUUCCACACAGCGAAUAUAACAUCCACAGGACAGAUAUUGAAGCUUCCAGAUUCUAGUGACGAAGACACUGCACUGUCCUCAAGUGGCCAGAGAGACUUUACCGAGGAGGAUCACGAGGAUGCCGGUAAUGAUCAGGACGAAAGCACUAUCCAGAGACAAAGUCGAAAAAGAAAGAUUUCACUACUUUUACAGCAGCAGUACGGGUCUAGUUCGAGCAUUGUGCCGUCCCCCAUUGUGCCCAACAAAAUGCGGAAGCAAUUACCCAGGAAUCACUAUAACAACAUCGGUGACGACGGCGAUGAGAACAGUAAUAAUAUAGAAAGUUCUCCUCUAAAGCAGGAGCACCUCCUGAAGGAACGAGUGGAUGACGGUAAUGAAGGGCCUGAUGAAGAAGAGAACACAAAGGAGGUCCCCAAGCCAGGAACCAUCAUCCACUUCUCUACCAAUAGAUAG